UCUGUUUUUUAUUUUAUUUUAUCUGGAUAUCGCCUAAAUUCAAUAUGGAUCAUUCUAUUCAGAUCAUUAAGCAUGGAGUACCAGAAACUGUGAUGAAAAGCAUGAUGGACAUUGCCAGAGUUUUUUGAAAUGCCUGUAGAAGACAGGGUUUGUCUCUAUUCAGAGAACCCACAGCAGGCUGUCAGGGUUUCUACAAGCUUCAAUGAUGAAUUCUUUGAGUGGGUGGAUUAUCUAAGACACGCAUGUCAUCCGCUGGAGGAAUUUAUCAAUUCAUGGCCUCAAAAGCCUGUACUUUACAGUUUACAGAGAGGUUGCAGGGAAGUAUUGCAAACUCAAAGAGAUAAGAGUACUGGAGGGAAGUAUUGCAAACUCAAAGAGAUAAGAGUACUGGUUCUAAGGCUUCUGGCUGCAAUUUCUGAAGCUCUUGGACAAGAUUCUGACUAUUUGAAUUCAAUCUUUGGAAGGCAUAGCCAGGUACAGCUGAUAAACUACUAUCCUGCGUGCCCAAAUCCAGAUCUUUCCUUUGGUGCAGCACCUCAAUCAGAUUCACAUGGCAUUACUGUUUUGAUGCAAGGAGAGGUGAGUGGACUGCAGGUGCUAAAAGAUGGGAAAUGGGUUGCAGUAGAACCAAUACCCAAUGCCUUUGUGGUGAAUGUGGCUGAUCAACUUCAGUUUAUAGUAUCUAAGGUUGUAAGCAAUGGGAGAUUCAAAAGCGCCGAGCACAGGGCUGUAACCAAUAAAACUACUGCACGUAUAUCGAUUCCCACCUUCUAUGGGCCUUCGUUUGAUUCCUUCAUUGCCCCUGCAGCAUCCAUGGUGGAUGAGGAGCAUCCGGCUUUAUACAGAGGAUAUAAAAAUGAAGAAUACAUGAGGAUAUUCUGGAGCCAAGGUUUGGAGGGCAAGGGCAUUUUGGAUCGCUUCAAGAUCGAAAUCAGUCCAUGAUUGGAAAGUGUGGUAUAUAACUGGUAUGGACAGUGGACAAUAUCUGGUAUGGGAAAUAAGGUGGAAGAGUGAAGGACAAUGAACAUAACUAAUGUAUUUAGUUAUAUGUUUAUGGGUUGUUGCAAGUAGUUGGAAAUUUUCAGUUAUAUUUUAAAUCUAUAUGUAAUGAAGAAUGAAUACAAUAUGUAAUGAAUGAAUACAAUGCAAUUAUUUUAAGUUUAUAUAUUCUAUA